UCGGAUCUUCGUGGUAAAAGCUCGUGCUGAUUUGCGAUUACUCAUUUUCUAUUUUUGUUACGUAUAUACAGCGCAUAUAAAAGCCACAAUUCCAUUGGAACGGUGUACUUUUGCAGUGCCACUCCUACUGUUACAAUGGAAUUCUCACGAGUACUUCUCUUAACAGUUUUUUAUUCUUUCACUUGCACUGGAGCCAGCAAAAAUAACUGGGACGAUUGGGCCGAAAACUUAAACUGGGAUAUACAACAAAGGGUUAGGCAAAGUUUAAGUGGUUUGGACAAUCUGUGGAGCACCAUAUCUCAACAAGUCCAACAGAAUUUAGCAGAUAAACAACUGAUUGUGCGCGAUGGGGUCUUUUACAAAUGCGAAGGUACCAUUUCCGAAGAGGAUGGUUCCUGCUCUGGUACUUUACGCAAAUCGUCUUUCGAAAGCAAGAGAGACUUCUGUUACGCAAAUAUCAAGACAAUUAUUAACAAUUGGUACUGCAUUUCGCCCGGUGGCGGUGUCAGUUCCGGAACUAUUAAUGGAAACGUGUACUGCAAUGGUUUCCAGAACAACCCCACUCUGUUGAUUUCGAGGGAAGAUUACAGAAAUUUGUGUGGUGACGUUGGGAUCCUGUAACUUACAAAUACUUCGGUACUCAUCCUAUAGGAGACCACAGUUCUGAUGUAAGGUGCUCCAGUGGUACUCCUUACACGUGUACUUACACGGAAGACAGAAAUCCCAGAGUUCCCAAUUACACACACACUUUGUUAUAAAAAAGUUUAAUGUAUCGUUACACUGUAAAAAUAAUAAAAAGUAUGUUGGUUACA